AUGGGACCCCACGCGAGAAGGGGAGGCCAGCAAAACCCCCAAGGCAGGUUCCCUCCUGCACACCCGAGAAUCUUUCAUGGGGAACUCCAAGAACUCAGCUACGCCCUGGAAAUGGAGAGAGCCGGGAGGGUUGAAGACAACCAGAAACUGGCCCACCUGGAGGCCGAGCUGGAAGAGACGAAACUCCAGUUAAAGAAGCAGAAAGCUCUCAAAGAAACAUUUAUCAACGAGGCCAAGGAGGCAAAGAGGGAACUUGAGAGACUAGAGAAGUUCAGCGAUCCAGCAGUCCUUAACGCAGCGGUCAUUGCUUCUAAGGUUCACAACGAUGUGAAGUACAUGAAGAAGAAGAACUUGCAAGAAGACUUUGAGGAGUUAAAGGUGGCCCACCUCCUCAGCCGGGAAGCGUUUGUAGCUGAAAUACAGGCUGAGAGAAAGAAAAGUCUGGCCCUCCAAGAAGAACUGAACCAACUGCAGACUUCAUACGAGGAGCUGCGUUCCCAGUAUGAAGCAGAUGAUGCUCUGCUGAGGCAGGAGGCCGAGACACAAAAGUAUGAUGAAGCAAGGCUUAGUGAGGAACAACGGCUGCUGGAGAACUUGAGAGCUGAAAAGGAUGAAAUGUAUCAAGAAAUGUCUCAAACGAUCACAUUCCUGCAAGGCAGUGAGAAACUUCUGCAGGAGGAAUUAAUUCAGCUGAAAUGUUCAUACAAUGAGCUCAAUUGUAAAUACGAAAGGGAUGUUUCUGGAUUGAAGCAAGACAUGGAUAGAUAUCAGGAGGAAGUGAGACAUGCGACAGAUGCCAACAUAGAAAUAGACAACGAGAAUCUGCAGCUCAUCAACAAGCUGAGAGCUGAAAAGGAGGAGCUCCUCCAAAAAAUGUCAGGAGAAAUCGAGACAUACCAGCAUCAGGUAGAGCAGGAGAGAAAAGCUCACCUGGAGAAAACAGAGGAGGACAAGAAGCUUUUAGACAAUAUGAGAGCUGAGAAGGAGGAGCUCCUCCACAAAAUGUCAGGAGAAAUCUCAAUUCGGCAAAAGAGGGAGAAGCAAAUGCUGCAUGAACUGGACCAGAUUCACACUCUCUACGAGGAGCUAAUAUGUAGAUAUGAAAGAGACAUUAUGGACAUACAGCAGCAGGUUGAGACAUACGAACAGAAGGUAAAGCAGGAGGAAGCUGCUCUUUCAAAGAAAGGAAAGAAAGAAAAGCUUAUCCAAGAGAGAAAACAUUCUGCGCUGAAACACCAAGUUGAAAAACUUCAGCAUCAGGUAGAGCAGGAGAGAAAAGCUCACCUGGAGAAAACAGAGGAGGACAAGAAGUUUCUAGACAAUAUGAGAGCUGAGAAGGAGGAGCUCCUCCACAAAAUGUCAGAAGAAAUCUCAAUUCGGCAAAAGAGGGAGAAGCAAAUGCUGCAUGAACUGGACCAGAUUCACACUCUCUAUGAGGAGCUAAAAUGUAGAUAUGAAAGAGACAUUAUGGACAUACAGCAGCAGGUUGAGACAUACGAACAGAAGAUUUACAACAAUGAUUUACAAAGAGAAAGAGACGAUCUACUGCUGGCCGACACUCUCAGAGCCGAGGAAGGUUUCCAACAACAACCCAUCACGGUUUCCCAAGAGAAGGAAGAAGAAUCACAGAACCAGGUUAAAGUCCUAAAUCAAGAGGUUUCUUCAGAGGAGGAUCUCUCAGGAGAACCUUUACCAGGUUCUUCCACUGAUCCAGAAUCCUCAGAAGAGACCGAGGUCGCUGGAGAAACCAUCCUGGAGGAUUUGGACAAUCCAGAUGAGAAGGAGAAAGACGUGCAGGAGACGAACCAAGGACUGGAAUCAAAGGCAUGGAGGUUGUAG